GCUUUGUUUUCUAGUCUGGAUGUCAUCAACAAGUCAUGAUUUGGAGCUUUUGGAGACUCCAGAGGGUUAAUGGAUGCAUGGUUUGUAAAGCAGUGCAGCAGCAGAGAGAGAAGCUGUGCAGAGUUGACUGAAACGAAGUGUGUGUGUGCUCAGAAAGCCUUUGCCUGUUUUCCUGCCUGUGUGUCAGAGAGGUGACAGCAGCAGCAGCAGCAGCUCUGUGGAGAGAGAAUAGCUCCUCUAUGAACGCCCAGAUUGGGACUGACUUGCCUGUGAAUCACAUUUUCCACCUACAACACUGUUCUGGGCCCCGCCGAAGGAACACAUGCAACAAAAACCUUUCUUCCUCUUGGAUUACUUCACUGAAAACGAGUCGGGUUCUUUCUUUUUUUUAACUCCCGCCGUCUGAACUUGAAUCACACAAGGAGAACAUUUACACUCGACUAAUCGGAGCAGUUUGUUUGUGGAUUUUUCCACUAAAGUUUUCGCGUGUUUUUCCUCUUUUUUUUUUGGAUGGAACAUCAUGAGCGAGUGUCGGAAUAACGAUCUGUACAUUUCUCUGUCAUAUUUAAUCGAUCAGCGACCAUGGAGGCGGAUAAGUUAGCGAUAAAGUGUUUAAACAGCCCGAUCGGAGCCAUUCAGUGAUAUUUAUUAUUAUAUAUGAUCAUCGAAGCGGAGUAUUGAUCAGCUGAAAUGGAUCUUCAGGUGGUUGUCUGGCUCUUCUACUGCUUUCUGAUCCCCACCGUGCUGUUAACAGCUUCUCUUUUCCGCUACAACGUUCUGUCGCUGGUUUACUUCCUCUACCUGCUGCUGCUGCCCUGGUUCUUAUGUCCCAACAAGCACACUAUCAGAGGUCACACUGGACGGUUCAUCAGAGCAGUAUUUGGCACCAGUCUACUCUUUGUACUGGCUCACAUCUGCUUUCAGACAGUUCUAUACACAUACCCUCCUCUCAACGUCGCCAUAGGUGACAACUGUUCACAAUGGGACACCAUCACCAGACAUAUAGGACUGUCCAGACUUCCCCUGGACGAUCCUUGGAGUGUGUUACGCCUCCUCUGUCCCGACCUGGGUGUGUGUAUAGUUACCUUGGUAACAAUCAUCCUCUGCAGCCGAUUGGUCAGGAACAGAGAGAUGGUUGCUGCUGCCAACAUCACAUCGCUUGAUGAUGACCCAUCAGAAGAAAGCACAGAAGAAGAAGAGGAGGAGAAUGAGGAGGAGGAGGAAGAAGAAGCAUCAGGAGAGGAAGAUGAGGAUGAAGAAGAAAGGUCGUUACCUGGCGACCCUGACGAGGAGCCGUCCACAGUGACCAAAGCCAAACAGCUGGCCGAGCGUCUGAAGGCCAAAGCCCGAAAAGUGCUACGAGACCUGGGGAGAAUCUUGGCCAUCGGCCUGCUGGCGUUAGCCGGUAUCACUCUCCCCUCGGCCUUCUCAGCCGUCUACUUCCUGCUCUUCAUCGCGGUGUGCACGUGGUGGGCGUGCCACCUUCCCAUCAGCCACCUGGGUUUCAACGCGCUGUGUGUGAUGGUGGGCUUCUUCACCGCUGGUCACAUGGUCUGUCUGUACCUGUACCAGAGUCUGCUGGCCCAGGCCCUGUUCCCGCCCCACAGCCUGUGGGCCAGGAUCUUUGGGCUGAAGGACAUCAUCAUACCAGGAAACUGCUCCUCACCCUAUGACCUCAACCUAAACGCUGGUCAUGACUGGCCUGUUUACGUCAACCCAGGAAUACUGUUCCUCCUCUACAUCGUCACCACAACUGUUCUUCAGACAGCAAGUCAUGGGACACCUAAACAGCAGGUUAAGGAGGAUCAGCAACAGGAGAAACCAGAAGAGGAGGAGAUGGUGGAGUUAACAUCAUGGAAUCAACAGAAAGACAGCUAUGAGGAUGACACACAGAUCAUGCUGUCUAUGGGCACAGAGAGCAGCAGAGGAGGAACUCUGGCUGCAGAGAGUCAACCAGAUCUGGGUGAGAGCGGUGACCCCGGUGCUCCCCAGCAGAGUGAAAGCCCGUUCUUCCUGCUGGGAAGGGUGGUGAUGCAGCAGAGCUACGUCUGUGCUCUCAUAGCCAUGAUGGUGUGGAGCAUCACAUACCACAGCUGGCUGACCUUUGUGCUGCUGCUGUGGGCGUGUCUCAUCUGGAUGCUGCGUGCCAGACGGCAUGCAGCCACCCUGUGCUCCCCCUUCAUCCUGCUUUAUGGCCUGGCUCUGUGCUGUUUGCAGUACGUCUGGGCCAUGGAGCUUCAGCCAGAACUGCCCACCACUGUGGGCACCAUGAGCCUCAGACAGCUGGGACUGGACAGAGCCCAGUACCCCUGUCUCAGACUGGGAGCUUUGCUCCUGUUUACUUUAACCUUCUGGCUCUUAGUGCGUCAGUCAGUGAAGGAAAACUUUACACGGAAAAAGAAAAUGUCCACACCACUACAGGAGGUCUCCACGGGAGAGGAGGGAGCUGCUAAUGAAUCAGUGCUGAAGGUUCUGGGAGGCUCGGUGAUGAGCUGUUACGCUAAAUACUGGAUCUACGUGUGCGGAGGGAUGUUCAUCAUGGUCUCCUUCGCUGGAAAACUUGUUGGAUACAAAAUCAUCUACAUGCUGCUCUUCCUGCUCUGCCUCUGCCUCUAUCAGGUGUACUACUCCCUGUGGAGGCGCCUGUUGAAGAUCUUCUGGUGGCUGGUUGUAGCCUACACCAUGCUGGUGCUGAUCUCCAUCUACACGUACCAGUUUGAAGACUUCCCUGGAUACUGGAAGAACUUUACUGGUUUCACAGAAGAACAGCUGGCAGCGAUCGGUCUGGAGACCUUUGCUCUGUCUGAACUCUUCAGCAGUAUCCUCAUCCCCGGCUUCUUCCUGCUGGCCUGUAUCCUGCAGCUGCACUACUUCCACAAACCCUUCAUGAGGAUAACAGACCUGGAGCAUGUUACACCUAUACACAGGCAAAAGAAGAGCAGUGAGCGGGCUGAGCCGAGCGGCUCUGCUGCUGAGGGACAGAACUCUGAAGAAGAAGAAGAAGACCUGCUGACCAACAUCGACGAGGAAUCUGCUGCUGAAGUGGAGUUUAUUCCCAGUAAGUGGGGUCUGGUGAUGGACCGGCUGCUGGUUCUGUCCAGGAGGUUCUCUGACACUCUCACCAGGAUUCAAGAGUUUUUCUGGAGGCUUCUGGAGCUCCACAUCCUCAAGAUGGUGGCCUUCUUCUCUGUGUGGAUCUCACUGGAAGAGCCGUCAGUGAUGAACCUGGUCCUGGUGGUGCUGUGGUCUCUAGCCAUGCCCUACGGUCGCUUCAGGCCCAUGGCGUCCUGUCUGUCCACGGUCUGGGUGUGUGUCAUCAUCAUGUGUAAGAUGCUGUACCAGCUCAGCGUGGUCAACCCCUUGGAGUACUCCAGCAACUGUAGCCGGCCUCUGACCAAUCAAACCAACCUGCUGCCAGAAGAGAUGGACCAGUCCUCUCUGUAUAAAGCUCCGGUGGAUCCAGCUAGGUGGUUCGGCAUCAGGAAAGACGCCACAGUGCUGGGAUAUAGUAAGAACCAUCUGAUAGUGCUCAUGUUGUUGGUGUUUGAGGCGACAGUAUAUCGUCACCAGGCUCACCACUACCGUCAGAUCCAGCGCUCCCCGCCCACCAUCCCCGCUCUGUUCCCCGACGCCACCAGGGACACUCUGGACCAGGGCUUCCUGCCCUGCCUCAAGUACCUGCUCAACUACACCUUCUACAAGUUUGGACUAGAGAUCUGCUUCCUGAUGAUGGUGAACGUGAUCGGCCAGCGGAUGAACUUCCUGGUGAUCAUCCACGGCUGCUGGUUGGUCGCCAUCCUGGUGCGGCGGCGGCGGGCGGCGAUCGCCAAGAUCUGGCCCCGAUACUGUCUCUUCCUCUGCAUCUUCAUGAUCUACCAGUACGUCCUGUGUGUGGGCAUCCCGCCUGCUCUCUGUAUCGACUACCCCUGGAGGUGGAACACUCCGGUGCUCAUCAACUCGGCGCUCAUUAAAUGGAUCUACCUGCCCGACUUCUACACAGUACCCAACUCCAAAAACCUCAUAGCGGACUUUGUGCUGCUGAUGUGUGUGUCCCACCAGUGGAAGGUGUUUGAGUGUGAGCACACAGAGGAGUGGAUGGUUCAGGCAGGAGAGAAUACAGACGACCCCGAACCGAUGGAGGGUCGACUGUUUAACCCCGCGCCCAAUUUCAUCAACUGCAGGAGUUAUCUGGACAUGGCUAAAGUUCUGGUGUUCCGUCAUCUCUUCUGGUUCGUGCUGUCAGUGGUCUUCAUCACCGGGGCAACGAGGAUCUCCGUGUUCGGUCUGGGCUACCUGCUCGCCUGUUUCUUCUUUCUGCUGUUUGGAACGCGUCUGCUGGUGAAAUCGUCCAGGACCCGCCUCGCCCUGUGGGACUGCCUCAUCAUCUACAACGUGGCCGUCAUCAUUUCUAAAAACAUGUUAUCAAUCCUGGCGUGUGUGUUUGUGUUCGAGAUGCAGAACGGCUUCUGUUGGGUGAUCCAACUCUUCAGCCUGGUCUGCACAGUCAAAGGAUACUAUGACCCCAAAUCAGUGAGUGACAAGACGUGCAGCCUGCCGGUGGAGGAGGCCGGGAUCAUCUGGGACAGCAUCUGUUUCCUCUGCCUGCUGCUGCAGAGGAGAGUCUUCCUCAGUUACUACUUCCUGCACGUGACGGCAGAGCUGCAGGCUUCUGCCAAACAGGCCUUCAGGGGCUUCGAGCUCUUCAGAGCCAGCAUCGUGAAGAACAUCAAGUUCCACCAACAAGCUGAGAAGAAAUCUCUGUCGCAGCUCAAAAGAUCGAUGCAGAGGAUUCGCUCCAAGCAGCAGAAGUACAGAGACGGACACAAAACAACCGAAGAGUCCAAUGAGAGCCAGACUGCUGAGGCCCAGUCCGACAGGAAGAGCUCCAGGAAGAAGAAGUGGUACCGGCCGUGGUUGGAUCAUGCUACAGUGCUCCACUCAGGAGAGUACUACCUGUUUGAAUCAGACAGUGAGGAUGAAGAGGAAUCAGAAGAGUCAAAGCCUCAGAAACAGACCGCCUGUCAGCUGGCGUACCAGGCCUGGGUGUCCAGUGUGAAAACAGCUCUGAGGGAGCGUCAGAGACACCAGAGAGAGCUGAGGAGGAUUCAGAGAAAGGAGAAGGAGAGAGCAGGAAGACUGGACUCACAGCAGGAGGCGUUCCCUGUCAUAGGUUGUGGGGACAACGAUGUGUUCGAGGACUCUGGCCUUCAGGAAGACGAGCCAGAGGAACCGGAGUCUGCUCAUGGUGAGAUGGUUCAGAGGAUCCUGGACAUCCUGCGCUUCUUACUGGCCAUCGUUCUGGCCAUGGUGGACGGACUGACUCAGUGGCUCAACCUGCUGACUAAACAGUACAGAGAGACAUCGACUGUUCUGUGCAAUGAACGCUACUUCAUCAUACACAAGAUACAGCAGCAUCAAGCAGCAGCAGACUCCACAGACGACCAGCUGUCUCAGGGCAGCGAGAGUCCCACACUGGAGACCUGUUUGGAUGAGACUGAUGCAGAAUCCACCAGAUACAGCUGCCUUGAAGUGGAUAGCAGGGGUGUGACGGGCAUGUCUACCCCCAGGCCGAGGGUCAACAGCACUGAGAACCUCUUGAGUCCAGAACCCCCAUCCAGCAGCAUGGAGCUGGUAUCAGCAGCAUCCAAACAGAAACACAGACACUCCAGAACAGCCAGUGAGCUGCUGGGAGAUAGACAGUUCUUCAUUGAGGAGUUGGAACAGAGCAGAGAGUUCUACAACACCCAGAGCCGUCUGCUGAAGCUGCUGUUUGCAAUGUACAACCUGCUGGCAGCCAACUCAGAGCUGGUCUGUUACUUUAUCAUCGUGUUAAACAACAUGGUCAGCGCCUCUGUGAUAUCACUGGUCCUCCCCAUAAUGGUGUUCCUAUGGGCCAUGUUGUCUGUUCCAAGACCGACCAAGAGGUUCUGGAUGACUGCUAUCGUGUACACAGAGGUGAUGGUGGUGGUGAAAUACCUUUUCCAGUUUGGAUUCUUUCCAUGGAACAGUGUUUACGAGAUGACUCUAAAUGAAGACAAACCGUUCUUCCCGCCUCGCAUCCUGGGCCUGGAGAAGGCCGACAACUACAUCAAAUAUGACCUUCUCCAGCUGCUGGCUCUGUUCUUCCACAGAUCGCUGCUCAUGCGUUAUGGCCUCUGGGACCACGAGGGCCCCCUGGAGGAGCAGAGUCCCUCACCAGAAAGUUGUAAGGAUGACGGGACGACUAGAGAAGGAGCUGAAGAUGGAAGGAGGGAGGAGGGAAGAGGAGAAGGGGAAGAAGAAGGCAGACGUAGCUCAACAUCUGCCCCGGAAAACCUGGAAAUUACUGAAGUGGACCAACCAGAAAGGGAUAUCAUGGAAUAUGUUGAGCCGAGCUCUGCUGCUGCUGCCACACAGCCUCCUGCAGAUGGACAGGAAACUCUGUCUGGGGACGUGUUGAAUCUUCCCAGCAGGCCGAGGACAGACGAGACGGAGCAGGGAGACGUUGAGCAUGUGAUAGAGAAAGUCCCAAAGAAAAGCAGCGGUAUCCGCUCACGCAAGAAACCUAAACAACCUAAACGCAGCAAAGGUUCUCUUCCAGUGGAGUCCACAGAGGAGACCCCAGAUCCCUGUGAAGAACCAGCGAAGAAGAAGAAAAGCAGGAGGAGAGAAGCAGCCAGUCAGAGAUUAAUGGCCGUGGGAAACAAGAUAAAACAUGUCCUCAUCUCUGGUGCUCAGAGUGUUUACAGGCCGGCUCAGGGGUUCUUCAGUGGGAUUCUUCAUGCUGAGUAUCGGGCCGCCACAGAUGUCUACGCACUCAUGUUCCUGACUGAUGUCAUCGACUUCAUUGUCAUCGUCUUUGGCUUUUGGGCUUUUGGGAAACACAGCGCAGCAGCCGACAUCGCCUCCACGCUGUCGGAGGACCAGGUUCCCGAGGCCUUCCUGGUGAUGCUGCUCAUCCAGUUCAGCACCAUGAUCAUCGACAGAGCCUUGUACCUGCGCAAGGCUGUCCUGGGAAAACUCAUUUUCCAGGUGAUCCUUGUGUUUGGGAUCCACCUCUGGAUGUUCUUCAUCCUGCCUGCUGUCACUGAAGGGAUGUUCAAUAAGAACUUUGUGGCCCAGCUCUGGUACUUUGUCAAGUGUAUUUACUUCGGCCUGUCAGCCUAUCAGAUCCGCUGUGGAUACCCGACUCGUAUUCUCGGCAACUUCCUCACCAAGAAGUACAACCAUCUCAACCUCUUUCUCUUCCAAGGAUUUCGUCUGGUGCCGUUCCUGGUGGAGCUGCGAGCCGUGAUGGACUGGGUGUGGACGGACACCACUCUGUCUCUGUCCAACUGGAUGUGUGUGGAGGACAUUUAUGCCAACAUCUUCAUUAUUAAAUGCAGCCGUGAGACGGAGAAGAAAUACCCACAGCCUCGCGGACAGAAGAAGAAGAAGAUCGUGAAAUAUGGCAUGGGUGGACUCAUCAUCUUCUUCUUGAUCUGCAUCAUCUGGUUCCCACUUCUCUUCAUCUCAUUGGUCAGAUCAGUAGUGGGCGUGGUCAACCACCCCAUCGAUGUCACGGUGACCGUCAAACUGGGAGGAUACGAGUCCCUGUUCACCAUGAGUGUGCAGCAGCAGUCCAUCCAGCCCUUCACAGAAGCUGAAUAUGAUGCACUCACCAAGAAAUUUGGAGACAAUGCGGUGGCCAUGCAGUUCAUCACUCUGUACAGUUAUGAUGAUAUCGUGACGGCCAUGAUUGAAGGUAGUUCAGGCUCCGUAUGGAGGAUCAGCCCUCCCAGCAGACAGGAAGUCAUCAAAGAAUUACUUGGGAGUCCUGUUGACCUAACACUACGUCUCGCCUGGACUUUCCAAAGGGACCUGGGUAAAGGAGGGACAGUGGAACACACAUUUGACAAACACUCAAUAGACCUGGAACCGGGGAACCCAGUCAGAGCAGAUCUGGCCUCACUGCUGGUUGGCAAUCGCACUGAACCUGUGCAUGUUCCUAAUAUGUUCCCCAACUACAUCCGAGCCCCCAACGGAGCCGAGGCCAAACCAGUCUCCCAACUAUAUAAAGGUAAUGAAGACGGCUUCCUGGACAUAACCCUGUCCAUGAAGAGCGACCGGUCCCUGAACAGCAGUGGGAACCAGGAGUGGUGGGACAUUGCCAUCGCAGGCUGCGCCUCCUCCUGCGGGGUCCUACCCAUGGUCAUAUUCAACGACAAAGUCAGUCCCCCCAGCCUGGGCUUCCUGGCGGGAUACGGGAUCAUGGGUCUGUACGUGUCGGUGGUUUUAGUCAUUGGGAAGUUUGUGCGUGGGUUCUUCAGUGAGAUCUCCCACUCCAUCAUGUUCGAGGAGCUGCCCUGUGUGGAGCGCAUCCUGAAGCUGUGCACAGACAUCUUCCUGGUGCGUGAGACAGGAGAGCUGGAACUGGAAGAGGAACUUUACUCCAAGCUGAUAUUCCUCUAUCGAUCCCCGGAGACGAUGAUCAAAUGGACCAGAGACAUGCACAGUCGAGACCAGGACAGAUACUGACCCACCCACAGACUGAUUCAAACAGUGAUAUCUGAAGCACACUACAGAGACUUCACGAGGACAGCACGAGCAAGUGGACAUCCAGAAGCCUUAGAGCCGAGGAGACGAAUGGAUGAGAUGUACACUAAGAGACAUACUGUAUGACUGUAUGACACGUUGCUGUUGCACCUUCACAGCUGCCGAGCACUUUUCAUCAGACGAGCGUACACUACAGACUAUUGAGAGUGCAGCUGGACGUCUCUCCUGAAGGAUUUUACAGUUAAACUGAGCUGUGUAAACUGUCAGAGGGAAACCAGAGAGACAUUUCCAGCCUCUGAGUCCUGGAGACGCCCUGGUGGAGCGAAUGGUGGCUGAAACUAGAAACUAAACGUAGAACGAACCACCUGCAGGAUCUGUCUGCUGAUUCAUUUGAAAACAUGCCAUGCUGUCAAUGAAAUGUUUUAAAAUCAUUCAUUAGUGUUGAAGUAACGUCUGGCUUCACAUUAUGAACAGAGGGGCCGUUUUAGGCUGGAUUUCUCUUGUCAGAUGUAGCAAAAGUUCGGACGAACUAAUCAACAGCAGCUUUCAUUUCCACCACAGGCAGAGUAACAGACAUGUACGUGGUAUAAAAACGCUAAACUGCCAAGUUCUUAUAAUGUCUGUUACUAUUUUGCAGUUUCAGAAAUCUGUUGAUUUUUUAAAAAACCUCUUGAAGACAUCAUUGUAAAGUCUUCCUGAGGGCUCAGUGCACUGUAAGUUAAGAAUGCAAAUAGACAAAACACAAGCAAAUUGAGAAAACUUUUUGACAUUAGCUGCAAAUAGCACUAAUUAACUAAGCACAGAACAGAACAGAACAGAACAGAAACUGAUUCCUGGAGACACACAAAAAAGUGAUGGACACAGCUGGACAAGCUUAAUAAUAUCGUGUUUUUUAGCUUAAAAUUAUCUGGUUUAUAAGACUCCAGACUGGCAUGUCCAACAGAGAGAGAGAGAAAACAAAAGGGCUGUUUCCAUUAGGUACUUUUCCCUCUAGCAAGUCGCUAUGCCUGUUGCUUAGGAGAGAGGAUCCGACCAACUUCACCAGGUAGCGGCUCAGAAAGUACCUGCCUCAGGUAGGUACUUUCUGAGCUGCUACUGAGCGGCAAAUUUUGCGCAUGCAUGAUUCAUUUGCAAACUGGAGGCUGAGGGGUUAACAUCUCCUGCUCUGACUGCAGCUGGGAGAGACUGCUGCGGGAGGACUGGGCCGCUUGUGAGUGCUUUGGGACGGCGCCUGCUGCUCGUUAGGAAGAGUAGGAACGAGUCUCCAAAAGUCUCCAAUAACACCAGAAAAAGUCACUAGAUUUGUCGCUAGUGGCUUUUUUGAAAAAGAGCCUCUAGAGGGUCUGAAUAGUCACUAAAUAUAGAGACAAAGUCAAUAAGUUGGCAACACUAAUUGCCGCAUCGGUCUGUUGCCACAUUCGAUCUCCGUUGGUUAGCCGCUACAAAAGUACCUGUAUGGGAACAGAGGCCGAGGGGAACUAACUAGUGGGCGGAGCCAAAACACUCUUCAAAAACUACUCAGAAAGUACUCAGUGGAAACACGCCUAAUGGGAGACUUUUUUUUACGUAGUAGCACCCUGGAGGGCCAGAGUUAUGCUGACCAAUGAUGAAAGUUUAACACAGAGGUGUGAAAAGUGAAAACACUAAGUAUUCUGGGUAAUGGAGUUCAUUGUAGGCUGUCUGGAGGACACACAAGGGAUAAGUGCAGCUCAUCGCACUUAUUUGACAUUUUCUAAUUUCUUGCUUGAACUGGAAUUUUGUCCAGCACUGAUGUUUACCACCAUCUCAGAGCUCUUCAUUACGCUUUGAGGAACGAGCAGCGAGGGAUUUUGGAUGCUGCAGCUGAUCAAAAUGAUGUGAUAAAUUAAAACAUCAUGGGCAGUUUAAUAGAAAACAGAUUAAACUUGAGUGUAUCACUCCCAAGUCUUAUUAUUAAAGCCUUUUCUUUUCAUGAUCUGGUAUUUUCUCC